GGAGCUUGGUUGUCAGCGGAGAUAUUAACUGAAACACAGACGGAAGCUUGUUUCCCUGAAAGGCGUGAUUGUGGCGUCCAUACCAACGUAUCUGCCAAACUUUUUACUUUAAAAUAUGGCUGUGACUCUGCAUACAGACCUCGGUGAUAUAAAAAUAGAGCUGUUCUGCGAGAAGACACCGAAAGCUUGUGAAAAUUUUCUUGCAUUAAGUGCUGGUGGAUUUUACAAUGGAUGUAUUUUUCAUCGAAACAUCAAAGGAUUCAUGGUACAGACUGGUGACCCAACGGGUACAGGGAAAGGAGGAACCAGUAUUUGGGGACGAAAGUUUGAAGAUGAAUUCAGUGAACACUUAAAACACAAUGUUCGGGGUGUGGUUGCGAUGGCAAAUAACGGGCCAAACACAAAUGCAUCACAGUUCUUCUUCACUUACGCAAAACAGCCUCACUUGGACAUGAAGUACACUGUUUUUGGAAAAAUUAUAGAUGGACUAGAAACUCUGGAUGAACUGGAGAAAGUCCCUGUCAAUGAAAAGACUUUUCGGCCUCUUAAUGAUGUUCAUAUUAAGGAUGUUACCAUUCAUGCCAACCCAUUUGCUGGUUGAUUUAUUUUAUUGCGAAGCAUUCAUAAUGUACAAUGCCUUGGAUUGUAAAUAUAUUUUGUGUGAUGUCAUUUUGCCAAUUACAUACUGUUUUAUAAAUUUG